CCCUCACCAUGGGUUUGGAAUCUUUAUGGAUGAUUCCCUUGCCCUGGUUUGGAUCUGUUCAUCUCGUAGAUGAUCUGCAGAAUGCUUGCAGUCAGUAACACGGCAUCCACACAGUGCGCUUCUAGUCGUUUCAAUGGCAUAGAGGCAUGCUUUUUUUUAACGUUCGUUCGUGGAAGAUCAAAACCAAACAGUUUUUAGCAGGACUGCGUCUACUCCACCCUGGUGUUCGCUAUAUCGGACGGCAGGACUAUUUUUACGACGGACAUCUUAAGUUUAUCUGUAGCUUGUGCAUUCUCAAUAUCGAUGGAAUGGUGUGCUUUGUGUCUUGCGGGAAGCAUUCCGUCGGAGCUGAGAUGGACAUGGUCGGGUGCUGGAGAGUACCUUGCGUACCCGUACGAGCCAGCUCAUGCCCCUUGCGUCUGGUUGCUCUGUAACAGCAGACAGAUCACCCAUAUCUGGGGUUAACCGUUGCUGCAGCUUAACUCUGAGAUCAGUCAUAAAGGUCGGAGAGCCGAAACGAGUCCCG